AGUCCUAGCUAACCACAUUCUUUGCUCAGAUCAGGGUGGGGGAGGUUUUCUGCUUCAAAACAGCCUCCAAGCUCUGAGAAACUUUGACUAACAGUUUGUCAACUGAAAAACAAAGAUGCCUAAAUUUUAUAACACUGAGCAGACAUUGAAAAUGAUCCUGGAGCAAGUCAACCCAUGCGACUCUGAAGGAGAAGAGAUAGUCCUUCAGCUGGACUCAGACUCUGAUACAUCUUCUGAUGAGGAGAUUUCACCGCCACCAGAAAAGAGAGGACGACUGGAGACACACACUGCGCCUACAGAGAUAGCAAAAGAUGGCACAAUAUGGCAUAAGGAACAGGUUGGGAGGCCUCUCCAUCACAGCCCAGUUGAAGGUUACACUACUGAGGGAGAGCCAACUGCUUCAGUCCAAAGUACGGUUUCGACUCGCUUACAGAGUUUCCUUUGUUUCCUCACUCUGGACAUGCUACGGACUAUUCGGGACUGUACUGUUCAGCAUGGACAUCAGACAGAAGAUGACAGCUGGUUCAUGGCCCUCCCUGAACUAAUGGGAUUUAUUGCCAUCCUCCUUGUGCGGGGGGUGAUCAAACUUCCAUCAAUGCACGAUGCAUGGUCAGCGAAAAUGGGAAAUCCACUGAUCUCCAAAAUUAUGGCCAGAAACCGCUUCAAAGAUAUCAUGCGACAUUUACGCUUUGAUUACAAGGGCACGCGCAUGGAACAAGUUGGGACUGACAAGUUUGCUGCAAUCUCAAAUGUUUGGGGGUCUUUUGUUGCGAACUGCAUCAAAUCAUUCAACCCAGGCAGGUAUAUCACCAUUGACAAGCAGCUUUUUCCAACAAAGACUCGCUGCUGUUUCCUUCAGUACAUUGCAACAAAACCCGACAAGUUUGGUAUCAAGUUCUGGGUGGCAUGCGACUUGAAAUCAAAGUAUGUGUGCAAUAUUAUUCCAUAUCUUGGCAAAGACCCCAGUCGUCCGAUGGGGGAAAGACUAUCAGAAAAUGUGGUGAUGAAACUCAUGGAACCGUUUUUGGACAAAGGUAGAAGUGUUACCACAGACAACUUCUUUACCUCUGUGUCACUUGCACGGCAACUGCUCAGCCGCAAGACCACCCUCCUUGGCACAGUGAACAAGAUUCGUCGGGAUCUUCCAGAAUCAGUCAAAAAGCCUUUGGACCGCAAUGAAUUCAGUACCCAGGUGUUUUCAACCUCUGGAGCCACACUGACGGUUUAUGCGCCCAAACGGAAGAAGACUGUAUGCAUUCUCAGUAGCAUGCACAGUGUAGUUGAGACUGAGGAUACCAAGAAAAAAAAGCCAAACACAGUCACCGACUACAACAGUAUGAAAUGUGGUGUGGAUGUAAUGGACCAGAUGGUGCGAGAGUACAGUGUACGCUCAGGAACACGGCGAUGGCCAGUCGGUGUGUUUUACAAUAUGAUUGACAUUGCAGCACUGAAUGCGUAUGUGCUGUAUCAGGCAUGCACUGGGGUAAAGGAGAGGCGAGUGGACUUCCUGGUGGAGCUUGCAAGCGAGCUCGCACAGGCACAUGUGGGAGCGGAGAAGUCGAAAAAGGACAACCAUCUUCGGCUACAACCUCCCACGCCUGGCAAAGGGAAAAGGGCAAUGUGCCAGGUGAACUGUCGUUGCAAGAAUAAUCAUGCCACAGUGCGAUGUGUUGAUUGCUACAAGUACACCUGUGGCAAAUGUAGAAUGGAGAUUCCGUGGCAAUGCCAAGUAUGUGCAGACAAUGUAGUGGGUUGAAUAUAUCACUUUGACCACAUGAGGCACGGAUUUGUUUGCUAGUACAUGUCAGAAUUGUGUCUGUAAAUAACUGUCUUUUGUGCAUGAAAAAUAAAUCUCAGCCAAAAAAGAAAAACGAAACUGUAGCCGCGUUUACAUGGGCAAAGGUAA